AUGCCAGCUGGAAACAUCCGGUGUUCAUGCGUCACACGGUUCAGGAAAACUUCGGGAUGGUGUUUAGAGAGCAGCUAUAACCAGCAAAAUCGGCCUCUUGUGACGCAGUCACGUGUCUCCGCCACGACGGCAGAUGGGUCCGCCUCUUUGUGACAGGCAGAAACAAGCGCCUCCCUCUGACCGUCUCAUAACAACAGCUGGCAUCUCCCGGAGACUGCUGAGAGCUAGCCGAGCUCGGACACUGAUCUGCCUAGCUUUCUGCUGAGUUUUCACCGCCGCUGCGCCUCCAGCUUCCCACUGUCAGAGUCUAGCAGCUCCGAAAGAAAACACCUCUUUCCCCUACUUUGACAUAGCUCACAGCGCAUGCUCAGACCAACGGACGGCCCAUCGAUUUUAUUCAGGAACUCGGAGACACUGACACAUUUAAAAGAUGAUGACUUCAUGGAGUGACAGAUUGCAAAACUAUGCAGACCUGCCAGCCAAUAUGGACGGCGUUGCCAUGAAGAAGUACAGGAGGGAGCCCUACCACAGAAUCUUCGUCAAUAGAAGCUUGGCAAUGGAGAAAAUCAAGUGCUUUGGGUUUGAUAUGGACUACACUUUAGCAGUCUACAAGUCACCUGAGUACGAGUCGUUGGGCUUUGAACUGACGGUGGAGAGGCUGGUGUCCAUUGGUUAUCCCCAGGAGCUGCUCAGCUUCGUCUACGAUCCUUCAUUUCCCACCAGAGGCCUUGUGUUUGACACCAUGUAUGGGAACCUACUAAAGGUUGAUGCUUAUGGCAACAUCCUGGUUUGUGUCCAUGGGUUUAACUUCCUCCGAGGGCCUGAUAUCCGUGAACGAUACCCCAACAAGUUUAUCCAGAGGGACGACACGGAGCGCUUUUAUAUCCUUAACACACUCUUCAACCUGCCGGAAACCUACCUUUUUGCUUGUCUUGUGGAUUUCUUCUCCAACUGUGACCGAUACACAAGCUGUGAAACGGGCUUCAAGAACGGCGACCUCUUCAUGUCCUACAAGAGCAUGUUCCAGGACGUUCGGGACGCGGUGGACUGGGUUCACUUCAAGGGAACGCUGAAGGAGAAAACUGUGGAAAACCUGGAGAAGUACGUAGUGAGAGAUGGGAAGCUCCCACUUCUCCUGAGCCGGAUGAAUGAAGUGGCCAAGAUUUUCCUGGCUACCAACAGCGACUACAAAUACACGGACAAAAUUAUGACUUACCUGUUUGACUUUCACCACGGCCCCAAGCCCGGUACCGCUCACAAGCCCUGGCAGUCCUACUUCGACCUGAUCCUGGUGGACGCCAGGAAGCCCGUCUUCUUCGGGGAGGGAACCGUCCUCCGACAGGUCGACACGACCACAGGACGUCUAAAGAUUGGAACCUACACAGGACCUCUGCAGCACGGCAUAGUGUACUCAGGAGGUUCCUCAGACAUCGUGUGUGACCUGCUGGGAGCCAAAGGGAAGGACAUUUUGUACAUCGGGGACCAUAUCUUCGGAGACAUCCUCAAGUCGAAGAAGCGCCAGGGCUGGAGAACGUUCCUGGUGAUUCCUGAGCUGGCCCAGGAGCUGCACGUCUGGACCGACAAGAGUUCGCUAUUCGAGGAACUUCAAAGCCUGGACGUUUUCUUGGCAGAGCUUUACAAACAUCUGGACAGCAGCAGCAACGAGAGGCCUGACAUCAGCACUAUUCAGAGGAGAGUCAAGAAAGUCACGCACGACAUGGACAUGUGCUACGGCAUGAUGGGGAGCCUUUUCCGCAGCGGCUCCAGACAGACUCUGUUCGCCUCCCAGGUGAUGCGUUACGCCGACCUGUACGCCGCCUCCUUCAUCAACCUGCUGUACUACCCCUUCAGCUACCUGUUCAGAGCCGCGCACGUGCUGAUGCCUCACGAGUCCACGGUUGAGCACGCCCACGUGGACAUCGACAUGGAGUCGCCGCUGGCCACGCGCAACCGCACCCAGUGCAGCGACUGCAAGGACCUGGAGUGCAAACGCAACCACCUGACCCGCUCCUUCAGCGAGAUCAAGCCUCCCAACCUGUUCCCCCAGACGCCCCAGGAGAUCACCCACUGCCACGAUGAGGAUGACGACGAGGAGGAGGAGGAGUAAUAAAACACCCUGCAGAGUUGAGCCAUGCUCCUGUUCCCCGUCGCCUUACGUUUCCUUGUAGAGUCGAAUGGUGACCUCGAGACGGGAAAGAGAAACGCCUCCUGUGUGCGUUUGUGUGCACUUGCAUUUACUGUCGAUGUAAAUCGAUGCUCAAGAACACAAAAACACUCACACACACACACACACUUGGGAGAUUUCUAAAAAAAAAAUAAAAAAAAAAACAUAAUAAUUCAAAGAACCAUUAGGACAAAGAGAUCACACACGUCUGUCAGAAAAAUAGCCGUAGUUUCGACUCUCGAAACGACAAAAAAAAAAAAGCCACUCUGAGCAUCCUCCUGAGUUUCAUCCCAUGAAACGCUGUUUUUUAACGUAUUUUUAUAACUAAUGUUUACGCUGUAAUCCUGCAAAUACGGUUGUUAUACUAUACCUCUAACUACGAGACAAGCUAACAGGGAAUGCGCAGGAAAAUUGUCUUGUGUCGAAAACGGACAUUUUCUUUCUGCUGUUUGGGAACAACGUUCAGCUUUUUUAAUCCGUUUAGCUCGUUUUCUAACUCAUGCAUGAAGAACUGUAUCUUCCCCGCGGGCAGUAGGGAUCGGUUUUCCUAAACCUCAGGAUCUCGGUGUGCGUCGGGUGCAGUGGGGAGUUGAGGACAUAGUACUGUAGUCUCUGUAGGAGCCCUGACAUACUGUAGUGGUUGUGCAACUCGCCACGUGGCAAACGACUUGCUAUAGCUGCGUCACAACAUGCAGGCUGACCUACACCAUUUCAUUUUAGGUUGGUGUUUGUGGAAGAUGAAGUUUGAACAUUUUAUUACACUGUCGGGGAUGUUGAUGAGAAAAGUAGAACGGACUCGCUGGGAGUGAAGGGAUUUUUUUUUUUUUUUUUUUUUUUUUUUUUUUUAAGGUGCCAAUAUGUGAAGUUCUUCAGUGUAUGAAGGUGUUUUUAGGAUGUUUUUAUUGUCGCGUAUGCAGAGUCCUCAGCAUCAGUUAUCGGAGAAAACAUGCAGGCGGUGUGUGUGUGUACAGUAUUCCUCUGUCUGCCUAGCAACAUUGGUCAUUAUAGUUAAAGCUGUGGUACUUGAUUUUAAUAAUAAAAAAAUAAAAAAAGAGAGACCAGACUUUUAAAAAUUAUUAUCCCAUUCUAGCAUUGCUGUUUUAAUGUGCGUAAUCUUUGGUUGGGGAAAAAAAACAAAAACUAGGUUUCAGUUAUGAUUCAAAUGCAGUUUUACGCAAAGCUUUAUGGUUUUGUUCCCUUAAAAACUACAUACUUGGCUGUGUGACUCUGCAGCGUCAGCAGCUUGAAGCUACAUAAUAAUUCAAAGAACCAUUAGGACAAAGAGAUCACACACGUCUGUCAGAAAAAUAGCCGUAGUUUCGACUCUCGAAACGACAAAAAAAAAAAAAAAAAAAAAAGCCACACUGAGCAUCCUCCUGAGUUUCAUCCCAUGAAACGCUGUUUUUUAACGUAUUUUUAUAACUAAUGUUUACGCUGUAAUCCUGCAAAUACGGUUGUUAUACUAUACCUCUAACUACGAGACAAGCUAACAGGGAAUGCGCAGGAAAAUCGCAGGGCGAACUCCUUCCGCCGUCACCAGAAUAAGGUGGAGAAGUUUCUCCCAAACUGCAAAUGAAGAAAAAUGGUCAUUUCCAACAUUUGCUUGCGGAAAAUGAGAUAGAUAAGAUUGAUUUGGACCUUUAAUUCUUCCGAUUAAGCGGGCUCAUCUUGAAACAACACAAUGCUACCAUUUUACCUGGAGGAGAGCAGAGGAGUCACUACUUAGUGGAAUAUACCAGAUUUUUUGUUAUUUUAACAGUAUUAAAUUAUUUUAGCUUCAGUGGGAAAAUGUGUUGAUUUAAGCAAUAAGAUCCCGUUUAAGUGUGAUGAUAAUAUGAAGCUUUGGUAUUUUGAUCGAAGUUUCAAAACACCUGUGAUCAACUGAGCUGAAUUGAAACUAUGACUAAACAAGCAUAGAUGAGUUUUUUUGUGAGACGGUGGGUAACCGUAUCGCAGCUUCUGGAGAUUUGUUUUUUAUUUUAAGACAUUGCUUACUAGAUGCUAAAUCUCCACUGACAUUUUUCUCCAGGGAUUUUGCUUAUUUUUACUCCACAGACAGACAAAAAAAUAAAUAAAUAAAAAAUCUUCAGCGGUGAUCACAUUUUGCACGCAGAGGGAAUGUGUUGCUGGGAAAAAUAAGUUUUCAGGGUUUUAAACCUAGGUUUAACUGGGUUUAAAAUGGUUUUAGUGUUCAUGAGUGUGUUGAAACGGACUGCCUGGACUUCAUUUUUCCUUUCUAAAUAUGCUACAUUUUCCAGUUUUAUUGACAUUGUGCGGCCCUGAUCAGUUUGGGCUAGAAAGGAAAGGUACAUGCCAUCUAUUAUUAUUAUUUUUAUUUUUUUUUUUUUCAUAUAUCCUGUUUGGUUUGUUGUGGGUUGGAGGGAUGUUGUGAAUGUUUUUUUUUGGGGGGGGGUUUAGCUUAAAGUGUCACUUUGUUAGUUCAUGUUGAUAGGAAAGAUCACAGCUGUUUGUCUUCUUUGUUUUUCCUUCAAAGAAAUCUUUUAUAUUCUCAUGUUUUCAUCUUUGCAGAAGUGGGCAUGUUGCAGAAGGCAGCUGUAAAGCCAAUGAUGAAAGUUGCAUAAACUACAUUCAUAACCAUGCAGUUGGUAUCCAUUCUGACUCGAUGGUUAUUUCCUCUCUAAAAAGGAAACAUCGAAGGAUUUCCCAGUGUGUCAGCGUAGUUUACACUCAUAAAACUCAGCAAACCUGUACAGAAAAUCUUAAGGAAGUGGGGUUAGCAUGAAAAGUACAAUUACUAUAUUAGCUGAGGUUUUUAUUUUUCUAAAUAAGUAUUUUUAAAUGGUCUUGGUUUACAGAACUGUAAAUAGACCUUUUUUAUUUUAUUCAAAAUAUUUCAUUUUCUCUUUUUAACCCUCCCACAUAAGUGUAACAUUCAGACCUUAAUAAUAAAGCCUUGUGAAGAGCAUUAGGCUAUAGGAGGUUAAUUUUUUUUCCAUCCUUGUGUUGCUUAGAAACAUUUACAGCCUCCUCACAUUUUCUAAACUGUCCUUUUGUUUUUAUGCAUAUCAGAUUAUGUUCCUCUGAACAGUGUUUGCUUCCUGAAAUGUUCCUUCAGAUUGUAUAUUGAAAUCAUUACAUGAAAAUCUAGAAUAAAGAUAGUUUUUCAUAA